GUGUUCAAGUUGUGUCUUUUGUCGCGCUCGUGCUCGCUUCACACCCUCGUUUCCUCUCCUCCUCUCCUCUCCCCAGCCUCACCCUCGCGACCUCUGUCCAUUUACGACCAACACUUGGUGGCUAUGAAGAUCACGGGAGCCACCGUUCUGGGAAUGGUCGCCACUACACAGGCGUUCCACAUUCCCGCGAACGUCAAGCCGAGCCUGUCGAGGAGGAGCAGCACCUCUCUCAAUAGCGCUCUCGAACCCUUGUCGGACGCCGAGGCGAUGGCCUCGCUUGAGGCGAUCGGGGGUUACGAUGUAGAGACGCUCGGCAAGCCGCUCGACCCCCUCCACCUGGCGAAGUACAUCCCGGCGGAGACCUUGAGGAAGUACGAGACGGUGCACUGCAGAGUGGCGAUGCUGGCGUGCGUCGGAUACGCUUUCCCUCAAAUCUUCGGCAUGUUCGACGCGACGGACGUGCAGUCGGCGAACGGGAUUGACGCCCUGUUCCAGACGGCGCCUGAGGCGUGGGCCCAGAUCAUCGGCGCUUGCGGCAUCGCCGAAGCGGCCCAAUGGAAGCACCAACAAUCUGGGGACACCACUCCCUUCUACGACCCCUUCAAGGGCUGGCCCAAGACCGAGCAGGAGCAGGAGAAGAUGAAAAUGCGCGAGCUCAAGAACGGGAGAGCGGCUAUGCUCUGCUGGGCGUCGUUCAUCUCGGCCGCGCUUAUCCCGGGGUCCGUGCCCGACUUCGCCCUCCCCUUCUAACCGAACUAUGGAAACACAAGGGACGAUCAGCGAAGGAAGUCUCGUUCUCUUUUAGUGCCGUAGCCUUCUUGUAAAAAUACCCGAGCCGACAUUUGUUCCUUUUCCCUAUUUCGGGGGGGUAAGGGAGUCCGUGACUUGUUGUAAAGAGACGAAAGGAAAAAAGCCCAAGGUGUAUUUAGACGAUCAAUCUUGUCGGCUGAGCGAGGAAAUGACAAAAUGUUGAGACUCAAAGAACAACCGGUAAGGACGAGUUUGUUGAAUUUGCCUUCCUCGUGUUGGAGGCGCUCGGAACGUAUUUUGUGCGGGAGAAGUGCUCCCGGUUUUCCCCCCUACCCCCCCCCCCCCC